AUGUGUAUGAUACUUUAUGCAGCAAAUGUGGCUAAAAAUGUAUACCCACAUGUAUUAUCUCAUGGAGGAUAUUGUUUGCUUGAGGAGAAAAUGAUAAAUGAAAGGAGAUCAUCGAGAGAUGAUUCUACCUUAGAUGAUACUGGUAGCCUAUCUCCACCGUCACGCCAUGAGUUAUGGAAGAGAGCACGACAAAAGAAAGGGGGAGAAUACACAUCAAAGGCUACACAAGUUGUUGCUGAGAAAAUUGAUUCUCUAGUUGAAGAAGCUGAAAAGGGUGGCUUUGUUUCGGAUGGACGUAAUGAUAUCUUAACAGCAGCCACUGGAACAUCUGACCAUGGAGGCCGUGUUCGUGGUGUUGGAAAACACCAUAAACAAAACACUUACUUUGGCAGAUCAUCUUCACGUCAACGACAAUAUGAUAUAAGAGAACAAUUUGCACAGUUUUCAUCUGAAUUAGAAGCAAAGCUUAGAGCUAAUUUUGAUCAAAAGUUGGCUGAAGAGCGUAAGGCGAUGGAACAAUCUUUCAUGGAUACACUUAGGUCUAUGGGUCUCUCACAACAAAUUACAGAAAAUAAUAAUAAAUGCAUUGUACAAUGGGAAGUUGUUGAUGGAAGCGGAAAAGGAAGUUGUUCAGCUGCAAAAGUAAGCACAAAAGAAAGAGAAGGAGAGGACAAUGUUGAGAGAUUAAUGAGAAUGGUUCUAAGAAUGGGUGAUGAUCAUUUGGAAAUAAAAUUAAGUCAUUGUGCGAGCGCCAGUAAUUUUCAUAUGUCACCUAAGUGUAUCAGAGAGCUGCUGGUGGGUUUUAAUUGGCUUGAUUUGUCUACUCUCCAAGUUUGGUGCACGUAUAUUCAUCGUUUGUGUAUUGAUACUUCACAAUCUGAAGUAUACGGAUUUAUUGACCCUGCUAUGUGUUCGUACGUUGAUCAUGGGUCGAAAACUCAAGCAAAUGUCAAACAAUACAUACAAGAUAAGUUACGUGACGAAAAGAGAGAGUGUGACUUGCUACCAUUUGUUCAUGGAGGUCAUUGGCAAUUAAUAGUCAUGUGUCCAAAUGAUAAUACGGUGGUCGUCUUUUAUUUCCUUCAUCAUGAACUUAAUCAAACCAUGACAAAAAUUGUUACAAGUGCUUUUGGGGUUCAUCAAGUGGCAAAUGGGAAUAGAAAAAAGGCUACAUGGCUUCGACCCAAUACAAGGAAACAACCUAACUCUAAUGAUUGUGGGUAUUAUGUGAUGAAAAAUAUGUUGGAUAUUGUCUCUGCCAAUAUAACCAACUCUUGGAUGAAGGUAUUUGAUGACCCAACGAACCUAUCGCCCGAUGAUUUGUAUGAUUUGCAACUCAGUUGGGCAACAUGUUUCUUUGAAUUAUAUAAAGGUUAA